AUCACAAACUUCGAACCUUACAGUUUAGAGGCUUCUGAAGUUUGCAUAUCUAAUCAGAUAUUUUCUUGAUAACGCCACGAACGACUGCCUUUGAAAGUUAUCAGUUCUAUAAUUUCUUGUGCGCAGUAGUAGGCGUUUGUUCGAUCCCAGUGCGCAGUAAGCUUUUUCCAUUGUAAGCUUGCUUUUGGACUGACUCUCACGUCAGUGUGGUCCGCUGGCAAAAAUGGUGGUCCGUACCAUUAUUUACUCUGUGGAAUCCAAACCGAUCAAUCCCACCGAAACACCAUGCAUGAUCGUGGGACAUUUGAAUCUACUGCGCAUUUCCCUGCCCUAUGAUUCCAUCAAGCACAAGCUGGGGAAUGUCGUCAGUGCGGAGACGUACGCGGAGGCUGUCAAGCGUCUGCAGCCGAGCUCCGUGGCGGACUAUAUUCCGUUGGCGCUGAACUGCGCGGCCCUGGCCGCACUGCCCACCAAAUGCUCCCGGCAUAACGCUCCGUCCCAGCCGCAUGCGCUGUAUAAUAUCCUCAAAAUCUGGGAGCCUCCGACCAGCGUGGUCAACGGUGUGCAGGAUAAGCAUAUUGUGGUUGCAUGUUUUCCGCAAGACGUCUUCAGCCUGGGCUGUGCCAUCUCCCGUGCCUUUCCGCUGUAUUCGGCCAAAACCGGUUCCGUCUUCGCCACGAAGAAUGUGCCGGAUGCCGAGGGUAGCUUGCCCGCCACACCUACCAAGGAUUUGAAGAAUGAAGAGAAAGAAAACCGAGUCAUUGUGGAGUUUAUUGUCAUCCCCAAUCCGGACGCGCCCAUGGAGUUUGCACCGGAACCCGUCACUAGUCGCACAUCGAUGGAACUGUUGGGCCAGAUCGGACAGAGUAUCCGUUUGGCGGCGAAAAUUGUCGAUAUGCCGUGCAACGAAAUGCAUACAACGGCGUUUGUCAAGGAAGCCCAGCAGGUAGCGAAGUCUAUCGGUGCGGAGAUCAAAGUGAUCGCCGGCGAGGAGUUGCGGGAACGGGGCAUGCACGCGUUGUACGGUGUCGGCCAAGCGGCAUCUAAUCCGCCGUACCUGGUAAUUUUGAGCCACAAGCCGAAAGGGAACGACAAUGUCGGUUUGAAGAAGAUUGCCUGGGUGGGCAAAGGCAUCGUGUUCGACACCGGUGGACUGUGCAUCAAGACGCCGAAAACCGUGAUGUGCGGGAUGAAGCGGGAUUGCGGGGGCGCGGCGGCGGUGCUGGGCGCUUUCCAAUCGGCUGUACAAGCGGGAUUCGAAAACGAACUGUAUGCAAUCUUGUGUUUGGCGGAGAAUGCCAUUAGUCGCGACGCCAGCCGUCCCGAUGAUGUGGUCUACAGCUACUCUGGAAAAAGCAUUGAAAUCAACAAUACUGACGCGGAAGGACGACUUGUACUUGCCGAUGGCGUUACGUACGCUCAGCGAGAUCUAAAAUGUGACAUUAUUGUGGAUAUUGCCACCUUGACCGGAGCGCAGGGAAUCGCUACGGGCAAACAUCACGCGGGGAUUGUAACCAACAACGCUAACUGGGAAGAUCAUGCGUCCCGUAUUGGAAAAGUUUCGGGUGAUUUGGUCUUCCCUAUGGUGUACGCACCGGAGAUGCACUUCAGUGAGUUCAAGAGUGCCGUGGCCGAUAUGAAGAAUUCGGUGGCCUGCCGGGAGAAUGCCACGGCGUCCUGUGCCGGUCUCUUUAUCCUGAGCCAUUUGGGCUUCGACUGGCCGGGUGUGUGGAUGCACAUCGACAUGGCUGCGCCGGUGCAUAGCGGCGAACGGGCCACUGGAUACGGUGUCGCACUGUUACUGGCCCUUUUUGGACACUGGUCCCGCAGUCCGCUUUUGCGCAGUCUGCCGAAGAUGGCCGAUAUUGUGGAGCAGUUGCAGCGGAAUGCCGUGACGAAUGACUUCAGUCCGCCGUUGACGCAGGAAGCUGGGAUCCGUUUCAGCCGCCAAAAUCCAGCGGAAAAGUGAUGAUAUGCGCAAUGAUUAAUUUGGUUGUCCUUUUCUGUUGAUUAUAGAUUUUCUUCUUCCCUUUUUAUUAUACAGUUGAAAUAUGGCUUUCAUUUUUUCUCUGCUGGCAGAUUAUUUAUUGACUGGCUUUUUUGAUUAUUUUCUAUUCCACGUUAGACUUUCUGGUCAUGAUUAAGCCUUCUUCCUUUUUUUUAAAUUUUUUCAAACG